AGCAAAAAGCAGUUUUGGUAUGGAAGGAGAAAGACAAAAGUGGUUUUCUUUUAUUCGAAAAUAAAACAGAGCACUGUUGUUCACAAAACUCACAUAUUCUCCUGCAACACAAAACGACACAAAAUCGGUGCACAUAAAAACAAAUCUCACGCCAUUUGGUUCCUAUCCUAUCUCUCUUUUCUUUUAUUCAUACUACUACUAGUGUGAAUCAAAGAACAAACCGCCUAUUCAUUCAAAUCUAAUCUGGACUCUUCUUAUCUCUCUACAAAAACCCCCUUCGAUUUUGAUUUUGAUUUCAAUUCUGUCGAUUGUUGUCAAUCAAUUUCAAAACCCAGUAAGGGAUUCCUGUUUCUUUGAUUGUUGUAGGUUUUUACUCAAACCCUAGUUCUUCGCUUUCUCUCUCUCUCUCUCUAGAAACCCCCCAGAUCAUCAUUGAAAGAAAGGAGCUGAGAUUCUAAUUGUGUUUUUGAUUAAUUUCAAAACCCAGUAAGGAAUUGGUCUUCUUUUCCCUGUGGUGAAAUCCAAUGUUUCAAGAUGAUGGGUCCUCAUCUGUGACUUCAACACCAGUAGUCCAAAUCUUUCCAUCAAUGUCUGGAAUGGGAUCACCAUAUCCAUGGCUCAAGGAGCUCAAAUCAGAAGAAAGGGGUUUGUGUUUGAUUCACCUCUUACUCACGUGUGCUAAACAUGUAGCUUCAGGAAACUUUGAACAUGCCAAUAUUGCCCUUGAUCAAAUCUCCCAUCUCGCCUCACCCGAAGGCGAUACGAUGCAGCGAAUCGCUUCGUAUUUUGCUGAAGCACUCGCUAAUCGAAUCCUCAAAACAUGGCCUGGCAUCUAUAAAGCUGUGCAUUCCACUAAGAUAUCAUUUGCCCCUGAGAACAUUUUGGUUAGAAAGAUGUUUUUUGACUACUUCCCUUAUUUGAAAAUAGCAUUUGUUAUAACUAAUCAGGUGAUAAUCGAAGCCAUGGAAGGCGAAAAGAUGGUUCAUGUAGUUGAUCUUAAUGCUGGUGAGCCUACUCAGUGGCGUGCGCUUCUUCGUGAUUUGAGCGCACGCCCUGAAGGCCCACCCCAUUUGAGGAUCACAGGUGUUCAUGAGCAAAAAGAGGUCUUGGACCAAAUGGCACGAAUCUUGAUCGAAGAUGCUGAGAAGUUAGAUAUCCCAUUUCAGUUCAAUCCCAUUGUUAGUAAACUAGAAAAUCUUGAUGUUGAGAAACUGAAUGUUAAAACAGGGGAAGCUUUAGCGAUUAGCUCGGUUCUACGAUUCCAUUCGUUGUUAGCACCCGACGAUGAAGUCGUUAAAUCAAGAAAGAACUUGCAAAGGGUGUUCCAAGUGAAUCAAAAAGAUUUGGUCAGCCCGAGUCAAGAUACGGCCUCGUCUGCACCUUUAUCCACCACCAUCACUUCAACAAAGAUAGAGGGGUUCCUCAACGCGUUACGCGCUUUGUCCCCAAAAGUGAUGGUGGUAGCCGAACAAGAUUCUGAUCAUAACAAAUCCUCUCUAAUGGAGAGACUCUCGGAAUCAUUAUACUUUUAUGCGGCCUUGUUUGACUGUUUGGAGUCAACAUUACCGCGAAGUUCAAUGGAGAGACUGAAAGUCGAAAAGAUGUUGUUUGGAGAAGAGAUCAACAACAUUAUUUCUUGUGAAGGUGGGGAGAGAAAAGAAAGACAUGAAAAGCUCGAAAAAUGGGUUCAAAGACUGGAUCUUGCGGGAUUCGGGUGCGUGCCUCUGAGCUACUACGCGCUUUUGCAGUCGCGUAGACUGCUUCAAGGGUAUAGUUGUGAUGGGUGCAGGAUCAAAGAAGAGAAUGGGUGUGUGGUGAUGUGCUGGCAAGACCGGCCCCUUUUCUCGGUUUCGGCUUGGAAGUGUCGAAGGUGAGAGGAUGGUGGAGUGUGUUUGAUGAUGCUAAUGUUUUUUAAGGUUUGAGUUGAUGUUUUCGUUUUGUUUUUUGGUGUACGAGGGCUAGUUUAGAUGUAUUGCCAAGUUGUUGGUUUCAUAUAGUGAAUUUUUCUUGUUAUGAAUGCU